AUUAAAAACGUUAUACUUUUGAAAAAAAAAUAACAAAAAGAAAAUUUGUUUUAUGAUUAUUUGAAAGUGUACGAAAAAUUUCUUGAUUUGUGAGUGUGUUCGGGAAAAUCAUUCAAAAUGUCUUUAACUCCGAAGGAGAUGAACUUCAACGAAACGUGGAGUUCUUUAAAGGAAACUGUUGAAGGUGUUAUCACAUUAGGGCAUGUUCCAAGAUCGAUAUGGAAUGAUCGUUUCUCUGAUGUUUACUCGCUGUGCGUUGUACAUUAUCCGGAACCUUUAGCUGAUAAAUUAUAUCAAGAAACGUAUAAAUUUCUAACAGAACAUGUCACGGAGCUUUAUAAACAUGUUGAGGCUCAAGGUGAUAAUAACCUAAUACCGAGUUAUUAUUCGGCAUGGAUGGAAUAUAGCCAAGGUUUAAAUUACGUUCAUAAACUUUAUUGGUAUUUAAAUCAAACCCAUAUUAGAAAACAAAAAUUAUCAGAAGCGGAAAUGAUUUAUGGUGGCAAUAAUCCAGAUACUCAAGAAAAAUUAGAAAUUGGUGAAUUAGGUCUACAUAUUUGGAAAAAGGUUAUGAUAAUGCCAUUAAAAGAAACUUUAGUACGAAAUUUAAUGUCAUACAUAAUGAUCGAUCGUGAGGGUGGACAUGUUUGUACAACCACACCGGAAAUGGUUCGUGGAUGUAUACUCAGUUUUGUUGCGUUGGAUCAAUAUCGACCACAAGAUAAUAUUCAGUUAUAUGUAGAAAUAUUCGAAGAUCCAUUUCUAGAAAAGAGUUCUGAAUAUUUUAAAGCAGAGGCAGCGAAACUAUUAGAAAAAUAUGAUGUGAGUAAUUAUAUGGAGAAAGUUCGUCAAAAACAAUACGAGGAAUAUAAACGUUCACACAUAUUUCUACAUCGAAGUUCUAUCUCAAAAGUGCAUCAACGCAUCGAAAAGCAUUUUGUUGAGGAACAUUUAGAAGUAUUUCAUACAGAAUGUCGUGAUAUGAUCCAGAAGAAUCGUACCAAGGAUUUAGCAAAUAUGUAUCCUUUAUUGAAACGGGUACCAAAUGGUUUGUCUGUGCCAAUUGCGGAAUUUUUGGAUCAUGUUAAAGAAGAAGGUUUACGUGCUGUGAGUUGCUUAAAAGGUGAUACUGUACAUAUACAAUUUGUAGAAAAUAUUUUACGGGUAUACCAUAAAUAUGGGAAAUUAAUAGAAAAAGUAUUUAGUGGUGAUCAAAAUUUUAUUAGUGCAUUAGAUAAAAGUUGUUCAUAUGUUAUCAAUUAUAAAAAUGUAACAAAGCCGACAUGUCGUAGUCCAGAAUUGCUUGCAAAAUAUUGUGAUACAUUAUUAAAAAAAUCCGCAAAAGGGAUAAGUGAUGCAGAAAUUGAAGAAAAAUUAACUGAUUGUAUAAUUGUAUUUAAAUAUUUAGAUGAUAAAGAUAUAUUUCAAAAAUUUUAUAGUCGAAUGCUAGCAAAACGUUUAAUUCAUCAACAAAGUUAUAGCAUGGAUGCUGAAGAAAUGAUGAUCAAUCGUUUAAAACAAGCGUGUGGCUACGAGUUUACAAAUAAAUUGCAUAGAAUGUACACGGAUAUAUUUUUAAGCACCGAUUUAAAUAAUAAAUUUAAUAAUUAUUUAAAAGAAAAAAAUCAUUCUUUAAAUAUUAAUUUUCAAAUUUAUGUUUUACAAACAGGUGCUUGGCCAUUAGGACAAAAUUUGCAAAAUAAUUUUGCAGUACCACAAGAACUCGAAAAAAGUGUACAAUAUUUUGAACAAUUCUAUCAUGCACACUUUAGUGGUAGAAAAUUAACAUGGUUACAUCAUUUAUGUCAAGGUGAAUUAAAAUUAGGAUAUUUGAGAAAAACUUAUAUUGUAACAAUGCAAACAUAUCAAAUGGCAAUAUUACUACUAUUCGAGAAGGUGGAUUCAUUAACUGUAGCUGAAAUUUUAAAUACUUUACAAAUAAAUGCUGAACAAUUUCAGAAACAUAUUGUUAGCUUAUUAGAAUGUAAAUUAUUAAAUUCAAAUACUGAGGAAAUAACACCAAAUACGAUAUUAUCAUUAAAUUUUGAUUUUUCGAGCAAACGUACAAAAUUCCGUAUUACAGCCGCCACACAAAAAGAAAGUCCACAAGAAGUUGAAAAUACUAUAUCAUCGGUGGAGGAAGAUCGUAAAUUAUAUUUACAAGCAGCAAUUGUUAGAAUUAUGAAGUCUCGAAAGCUUCUUCAUCAUAAUGAACUAAUUCAGGAGGUUUUAUCUCAAAGUAAAGCAUCGUUUGCACCAAGCAUUCAAAUGAUUAAAAAAUGUAUUGAAGCCCUAAUCGACAAACAAUACCUAGAACGAACACCAAACAGUCCUGAUUCCUAUAGCUAUGUGGCAUAAAAAAUAAAUUAUAUCGAAAAUAAAACUAAAAAAAAAAAAAAAAAAAA